AUGGCGGUGUUUACCAAGAUAUGGGUAGCACUUGCAGUGGCACUGCUGCUCAUAAACAUCCAAGGAACAGUAGCGGAAAAGGUUUCGAAAAACCCAACAGAUACAAUCACUAGCGGAGGAGACAGCACUCGCAGCGGCUACCAAAGCACCCACAACCUCGACCCCAAUGUCGUCUCAUCCGGCAGCUUCAAUCAAAUCUGGAAGCAAAAGCUGCUCGGAAACUACAACGGCUUUACCGAACAGAUCUAUGCCCAACCGCUCGUCUUCACGCCCUCCGGGCAAAGCCAAUUCGUCUACGUGAUCUCGCAAAUGAACAUCGCCUACCGUCUCUCCGCCACCACCGGCGAGAUCCUCGCCUCCCGCCAGCUCGCGAUUCCCUUCCUUGUAAGCCCCGACCUCGAAGGCUGCAACGACAUCGCCGACUGCGUCGGCUCUACCGCAACGGGCGUCAUUGACCCCGAUCUCGGCGUGUGGUACGUCACGACCAAGACAUACGUCGACCAGACCAUCAACACUCCGCAGGGGCUCGCGGCAGGGCGUUAUUACAUCCAUGCACUGGACGUGAUGACGCUUGAGAGUAAGCCGAAUUUUCCCAUCCCGCUGGAGGGCAUUGUGGCCGAUAAUGCGCCGUGGAGGGUGUUUGAGGGCGGGAAACACCACCAGCGGCCUGCGCUACUCCAGGUGGGUGACUAUAUAUAUGCGGGAUUUGCAUCGCAUUGUGUGCAGUGGAACUUUACGGGGUGGGUCAUUGGAUGGCAUGCGACGGAGGGGAGACUGUUGACAAAGUACGCGAUGGAGGGGGGCACGGAGAAGAGUGGCAUCGGAGGUGGCAUCUGGAUGUCCGGUGGUGGGCUGGCGAGUGAUAAUCCGGGGAGGAUGUUCUUUGCAACCGGAAACGGGUAUGCGAGUCAGCUUGCGGACGACCCGGUUCCUGGGAGACAGCCGCCCACAUCGCUAGAAGAGGCGGUUGUCAAUAUGGCGAUCAACGGUGAUGGGACUCUGACACCGACGGAUUUCUUCAUGCCAUGGGAGAAGAGAGAUCUGGAUGGAAUGGAUAAGGACUUGGGCACAUCCGGGUUUGCGUUGUUGGAUCCAAAGGUGUUCUCGACGGAUAGUGUGAAGAGGAUAGGGUGUGUGGCGGGAAAGACGGGGAAGCUGUAUUUCCUCAAUUUGGAUGAUCUGGGUGGAUAUCAGAUGGGUGUCAAUAGAAAGGAUAAGGCGUUACAGGUCAUUGAGAUGGCGGGACCCGUCUUUGCGACUGCGGGAUCGUGGCCGCAUGACGGCGGAUAUGUCUACGUUACGCCCGUCGGCCACCAAACCGUCGCCUUUAAAUUUGGCAAGAACAGCGCUGGAGAGCCAGUUUUCAUACAAGCCGGUGUCACAACGGAGAGCGCAGCAGGACGUCAAGGCGUCGGGCAUGCCUCGGUCACCUCGCUGAAUGGACAGCCUGGCUCGGGAAUCCUCUGGAUCUCGGACGUGGAUGGAUCAAAUCUGAGAGCCUAUGGCACUGUUCCGGUGAAUGGCAUUUUGCCGACUCUGGCGUUGCUCAAUAAUGUCGGGCAGGUCAAAUUCUCGAGACCAACAUUUGGGGACGGGAAGGUGUACUUGACGAGCCAUACCGGAUAUGUAACCGCCUUUGGAUCCCCCGUAAAUAUGCCGCUGAACUGCUCGUCGCCGUAUGAUGCCGGAACGGUCAAUAUCGGGAAUACUUCCACUGUCAGCAUUACCUGCCAGUCAAAGAUUCCACUGACGAUCAACACUAUCGACCUGGAUAUUUCAACAAAUUUCAAAGCAUUUGGAUAUACUCUCCCAAAGACCAUGGCAGCUGGUGAGACGUUCAUCUUCAGUGCCAACUUCACACCACAGGCCGUCGGACCACUCAGUACAAACAUCAACAUCCGCACCACCAACGGCGGAACCGAGCAAUAUGCCGCCAACACCCCCGUCGGUAUCCGUGGUGUUGCCCUCUCACAGACACCAAUCUUGACCAUCCAGCCCAACGUCCUAUCGUUCGGCGAGUCGAUCGUCGGCGCAGACAUCUCCGGAAAGGAUCUUCAAUUUUCUAUCCAAAACGACGGACAGAGCCCACUAGUCAUUACCGGUUACCAGAUCAGCGCAAAUAGCUCUACGGGACCGUUUUUGUCAAACGGGACGACUAAGAGUGGUCCGUUUACUUUUGUGAACCUUCCGCCGGUGGGGUCGUCUGUUCCUGGAACGUCAUCCAUCUUGACGACGGUCAACUUUAACGGUACUGAGGCGGGGUACUUUACUGUAUAUCUGCGAAUCAUUACAAAUGGCGGAACAAAGGUUGUGGGCGCAUUCGGGACUGCGGGGUCUGCACCUAAAGCCGUGUUGGAGUGGCAGCGUCUAAACGGGACCUGGGUAGAGUUCAAAGCCGGUGUUCCAUUCGAAUUCGGGCAAGUUCCACUCGGGACACAGCAGUUCAGAACUAUGCGACUGAGCAACAAAGGCGGCACAACACUCACCACCACCAUCUCCAAGCCACCAGUAUCCGGCGCUCUCGCCGCCGUAAAUGCUCUUGGCUCCAUCGCAGAGGGCUCCCAGAUAGCACCUGGCGCGUACGAGGAGGCGUCGUUGAUUUGUUCGCCGCCGAAGAGCCAGGUCAAUGAGGAUCCGACGACGCUAAAGGCGGUGUGGACGAUGAAUAAUAACGAUCCGACGUUUGGGAAGCAUGAGAUUGAUUUUGUCUGCAAUGGUGCUUCGACUCAGGUUGGCCCGCUGGAUUCGAAUGGGCAGGCGUGGUACCGGUACCUGGGUUGCUAUAAAGAUGCGAAUCCUACGAGGAACCUGGAGGAGCUGUUGUAUUAUAGUGUGAAUAAUACGAACGGGAUAUGCCAAACGGACUGUUUCCAGAAGCCGCAGAUGUUCCCGUUUGCGGCGACGCAGUAUGAGGGUGAAUGCUGGUGUGGGACGAAGGCGCCGCUCGUGAAGGUGGCUGAUACGUAUUGUCAGUAUCUUUGUAAGGGUAAUUUCCAGGAGUACUGCGGAGGAGAUGGUGCGUAUAUGAGUCUGUUUGCGGAUAGACGUCAGUACACUCCCGGGAAUACAACUAUCUCAUCUUCGUCUUCGAGCAUUGCUUCGUCCACGACUAUGAUUCCUUCUUCUAUGCCUUCUGGCAAUAUUUCGUCUACUGUCAUUAUUUCAUCCUCCACCAUGUCGAGUAACCUCUCGAUAUCUAUAACUGCUCCAACCAUAUCAUCCACCUCUGUCAUCUCAUCGUCCACAAUAUCUCCAUCCGCGGUUCCUACGGGCAGCUACCAAUAUCUUGGCUGCGCAAACGAAGGCACAAAUGGCCGAGCCCUCUCAAAAGACGCCACCGCGAGCUCAACUCUGACAAUUCAAAAAUGCCAAGAGUACUGCACCGGCAAAGGGUAUCCUCUCUCCGGAAUGGAGUACUCUACCGAAUGCUAUUGCGGCCUCACUCUCGAAAACGGCUCCACAAUCGGCGGCACAACUCAGUGCGUCAUGGCCUGCGGCGGGGAUCCAGCGCAGAUUUGCGGUGGUCCCGGAGCUCUGUCGGUUUACAACAACACACUACUGGGUGCUCCAAGAACACCGGCUGUUGUGCCGAGUGUAGAUACGUUUUUUAGCCAGGGAUGCUACACCGAGGGCCUGAAUGAGCGGGCUCUUGCGGGAGGUGCUACGGCGGCGAGUAAUAUGACCGUUGCUGGUUGCGUGGGAUACUGUAAAGCUGGAGGGUUUCGAUAUGCAGGGAUGGAGUACAGUACUGAGUGCUACUGCGGUUCUGCACUUGCUGCGACGGCGGCAAAGGUCAAUGAUGGAGAUUGCAACAUGUUGUGCGGCGGCGAUGCAUAUGCGUACUGCGGAAGCGCCGGAAGACUCAACAUCUACCGCGACAUGACCGCCAGCAACUCCACCAGCUCAACGAUCAUUACCACCUCCCCCACCGCAUCAGCAACACCAACAGUAACCUCCUCUACCGCAACUCCAAGUGCAACGAUAAGACCCAAUUUCAAAUAUGUCGGCUGCGCAACCGAAGGUACUACCGGCCGCGCCCUCACCCUCGCCAGCUUCGCAAACUCCACCAUGACGCUCGAGCACUGCCAAGACUACUGCACAACGCUCGGCCACGCCCUCUCAGGCGUCGAAUACGCCAGCGAAUGCUUCUGCGGCACGCAUCUCGAGAACGGGUCCACCCUCGGCUCCCCCGCCUGCACAAUGCCCUGUGCCGGCAACGCAGCCGCAAUCUGCGGCGGGCCUAGCGCGCUGAGCGUCUAUAAUAACACAGACAUCGGGGCGGCUAGGGAGCCGGCGGUAAUAGCAGGCGCGGGCGGGUAUGUGUCGGCGGGGUGCUAUGCGGAGGGUGUGGGUGAGAGGGCGCUUGCGGGGGCGGCGACGGCCGCGAGUGGGAUGACGGUGGAGACGUGUGUGGCGUUUUGUAAGGAGGGAAAGUAUAGUUAUGCGGGUGUCGAGUAUGGGACGGAGUGUUACUGCGGAAAUGGCCUGGCGGCGACGGCAGUGAAGCUUGGGCAGGAGAAGUGUGGGAUGGGGUGUGGCGGGGAUAUGUAUGCGUUUUGUGGCGGGGCUGGGAGUCUGAAUGUUUAUGUGGCGGAUGCGGUGGUGAGUUCGUCGGUGAUCCUACCGAGUUCGUCGGCGGUGUCGAAUUCUUCGAUAACGUCAAGUGUUUCGACGGUGUCGACAUCUCCGCCGGUGUCAAGCUCUUCGGCGGUGUCUGUUGGGAGUUCGGCAAUCAUUACUUCGAGCUCUUCGAUGAUUAUUUCGAGGCAAGUUUCUAGUUUGACAUCGUCCGGCGCAUCAUCAGCUACAGCUCCAGUCACAAUUACCAGCCAGACAAGCUCCACUCCAACCACAUCUCCAACCUCUUCAACAUCCUCAACACCCACCGCAAGAUCAGAGUACAAAUACCUCGGCUGCGCAAACGAGCCCUCCGGCGGCCGCGCGCUCUCCAAAGCCAGCUUCACAAACAGCACCAUGACCCCCACCCUCUGCCAGGACUACUGCACAACCAAAGGCUACCCCCUCUCAGGCGCCGAAUACUCGACCGAAUGCUACUGCGGCACCACCCUCGAGAACGGGUCCACGCUUGGCGGAUCAACCCAGUGCGUCAUGGCCUGUGGUGGAAAUCCGGACCUGGUGUGUGGUGGGCCCGGAGCUCUGUCGGUGUGGAAUAAUACGGCGGUUGUGCUGCCGAGGGCGCCGAAGAUUGUCGAGGGCGUGGAUGGUGAGGGCGUCAAUGAACGCGCGCUGGCGGGGUCGAUGACUACAGGUGCGGGGAUGAACGUGACUGUCUGCGUCGGCUUCUGUAAAGCGGGUGGAUACAAAUACGCUGGUGUCGAGUACUCCACUGAGUGUUAUUGCGGUGCGGCGAUUACGGCGACGGCAGCGAAGGUGGCGGACUCGCAGUGUGGGAUGCUGUGUGGCGGUGACGCGUUUGCGUAUUGUGGGGGCGCGGGGAGGAUUGGGGUAUAUGUAGCGAAUGCGACGGUGGUGAGUACGAGCACGUUGGUGUGA